CGCGCGGGCCCUGCCGCGGGCCUUCCUCGCCCAGCGCUGCGCGCUCACCAUGGCGGGCCCGGCGCCCGGGUGGCGGCUGCGGCCGCUGGCAGCGCUGGCCCUGGUCCUGGCGCUGGCCCCGGGGCUGCCCGCAGCCCAGGCUGGGCAGGCGCCGCGCCCUGCGGAGCGGGGGCCCCCGGUGCGGCUCUUCACCGAGGAGGAGCUGGCUCGCUACGGCGGGGAGGAGGAAGAUCAACCUAUCUACUUGGCAGUGAAGGGAGUGGUGUUUGAUGUCACUUCUGGAAAGGAGUUUUAUGGACGAGGAGCCCCCUACAAUGCCUUGACUGGGAAGGACUCCACCAGAGGAGUGGCCAAGAUGUCCCUGGAUCCUGCAGACCUCACCCAUGAUAUCACGGGCCUCACAGCCAAGGAGCUGGAAUCCCUGGAUGACGUGUUCACCAGGGUGUACAAGGCCAAAUACCCCAUCGUUGGCUACACAGCCCGAAGAAUUCUCAAUGAGGACGGUAGCCCCAACCUGGACUUCAAGCCUGAAGAUCAGCCCCAUUUUGACAUAAAGGAUGAGUUUUGGUGUUCCACCUGCAGGAGGAGGUUCUUGAAGAGUGAGCUGGGGAACAGGUGCUCCCUCUCCUACAAAAUAGGUUGCCUGAAGCCUCUGAGUCACCUGGAUCUGAAUAAAGCAGAGAUGAACUUGGAAGAGUGGGAAUGCUUUUUAUUGCCCUUGGUCCCGUGUUGCCUGCCUGGGUAUUCCUGCAUGCACAUCAGUGAGGGUGCUAAUAAUAGCCCUAGGGGGAGGCCUCCUGCCUGUCCACAUUGGCCCUCUCAACAGUGAAUAAGAGGUGACCUUUAUUUCUUCUUUGUACUUUUCUAUACUUGCCAAAUUUUCUUCUGUGACGAUGUUUAUUUUAUAAUGAGAGAAAAAAUAAACUUCCU